CAACAGUUGCCGUCUCCAAUGCCCCCUCCACCAUACGCCUUGGCACGCGUGAGCAGCACACGCAACUUCGAGCUCGAGAACCACACACCGCCGGCAUGUCCCGGCUCUGGACCCAUUGCCAUGACGAACGGCACCAUCCAGUUGCGCCUCCGCGAUGGCGUGCGGUGAGUGUGGACGCCCCCAGCCCAUUGGCUCUUCUUGCUCUAUCACGCAACUGCAGCAACUCGGCUUUGAUCCACCCCAAUGGACGCAUCUUGCAGAGCGGCGCUAAAGUCGAAAUAGUCACCUACGACGGCAUGAAGGGCAAUAACUUUGUUCGCUAUGCCAAGAUGUGGUACAAGGGUGUGAGCUUCACCAGCGAGGCGUGCGCUCUCAUCUACCUGGUGGACACAGCCGGGACGCGCACCACAACCGACACUUUCACCGAUCUGACCAAGGACUACACCCUGGCAGUGUUCUAUGACGACUCGCUGCAUGGUCCCUCUUAUAUGGCUGAAACCCAUGACGUGAUUGCCAAUUCAGCUUACACCUGUACCGAGGAUGGCACUGAGAUCUAUGACAUAAACGGAUUUCGCAUCACCCAGGCAGCCGAUGGCCUGGUGAAGGUCACUCGUGUGGACAACAAGUGCUUGAUUCGCACCAGUCCCGGCAAUGGAUCGGCCACUUUGACCACACCUGGCAUCCAUUGCACUGCCUCUCUGGGCAAGACCUCGCAUCUGUUUGUUCGGUGAGUGUCAAACCGAUGCUCUCAACCUCC